GCUAGGAAACGCGUCGUGUCCAUGUUGCUGAGGCGGAAGAAAGAUUCUGUAGCGUAAAAUAAAAAACACAAAGCAGUUUUGAAGAUUUUUCUAAUAUAUUUAUUUGUUUGUACGCUGCCAUGGUGAAAUUAAGAGCAAGGUGCCUUCUUGUAGGAGAUGCUGCAGUGGGGAAAAGUGCUCUCUCUCAGAUGUUCCGGAGUGAUGGCGCACACUUCCAGAAGAACUACAGUAUGUUCUUUGUUCCUGUCCGGGCGAUGUACUGAGAACCCAGCUGGCUGUAUGGACGGGGACAGUAUAUCUGGAGAGGGCUAUGAUUCUGUGAAACAGACUGUGUUACAGUCCCUGAUGUCUCUCUAGAAGAUCCUCGCCCUGAGCUCAUCUACUUUAUUGUCCAGGGACUGAACAUUAGCGAGUAAUAUACUCGCAAGGUGUGGAUGAUAUGCACGCCUCCUGAGUGAGACCAAAAUUCCACUCCGUACACCUCUUCUCCAUUGGCGUUGCCUUGUAGCAGCUGCUGGGAUUAGUGGAUUUGCCUCAGGGGAGGUGCGAACAAAGGAUCCAAUUCAGAAGUCGUAUUUUUGGUGGAAAUGCUGACGGCUGGAGUGGAACUGGUUGUGAAGUCAGUGAACAUCCCAGAGACCAGCGACAGUGUGGAACUGUACAUCUUUGACUCUGCCGGGAGGGAAACCUUUGUUGAAGCAUGUGAGAAGUUGUGGGGCCAGCCGUCUGUGUUGUGUCUGGUGUUUGACGUGAGCAGUGAGCUGUCAUUCAGUAGCUGUGGCCGCUGGCUGGAGAGGGUCAGGGCCCACUGCCAGGGUCUGCACAUCCCAGGUGUGUUGGUGGGUAACAAGUCGGACCUGUCCUCGCGGAGGGAGGUGGAGACCUCGGUGGCCCAGGAGUGGGCCCAAAGCCAGGGGCUGCAGUACCACGAGACGUCCGCUGUGAGUGCACCCACACCUGGACACAACAGACAAGCUCAUAGGCUUCUGGAGCCAAAGUGCCAACACCAAGUCCAAAAACACUAUACCCUCUAACAAAGCGAUUAUUAAAAUGUUUCUCAUUGUGUGUGUGUGUGUGUGUGUGUGUGUGUGUGUGUGUGUUAGGCCAGAACCUGGCCUAACAUUCUAGAACCUGGCCCAACAUUCUAGAACCUGGCCUAACAUUCUAGAACCUGGCCUGACAAUCUUGAACCUGAACAUUCUAGAACCUGGCCUACCAUUGUAGAACCUGCAGAAUCUGGCCUAACACAUAUACAUUUCUAUUACACUGUAUAUAUUCUGUUUCUAAGGAUAUAUGGAUUAUAUUUCUAUGGAUUCUAGGACCUGGCCUAAUAUUCUAGAACUUGGCCCAACAUUCCCUAAGUGAAAAAUACUGUCUCUGACAGUGAGAUAUCCACCUUACAUUGGGGUGGAGAUUAAGAUGAAACUAUUAUCUAUUUACUACAAUAAUUAAUGUUAUGUAUAUUCUUCACGUUGUCUGAGUUAUGCAGGAGAACAUGAUAACUUGUAUUAAAGUUUGUGAUUUCUGUACAGUA